CCCUCAAUUAAAUACUUUGAGGCAUCGAAGCAAGUGGACUUGGACUUGCGACAUUGUUUAGCUACACAGCACACUCAUAAUGGACCAUCUCAAACAGACCUUUGCUCAAUGUCAACAGGAGGGCCGUCCAGCCCUAGUGACCUAUGUCACGGCGGGCUUUCCGACAGCGGAAGAGACGCCGGACAUCAUGCUCUCGAUGCAGGCAGGAGGAGCAGAUGUCAUCGAACUCGGCCUCCCCUUCACAGACCCCAUCGCCGACGGGCCUACGAUCCAGAAAUCGAAUCUGAAGGCGCUGGAAAACGGCGUCACCAUUACCUCCAUGUUGCAGAUGGUCAAGGAUGCUCGUCAAAAAGGGCUGCAUGUCCCUGUCCUGUUUAUGGGGUAUUAUAACCCGAUCAUGCGAUACGGGGAGUCUGAGCUCCUUGCUGCGUGUAGAGAGGCGGGAGUGAAUGGGUUCAUUAUUGUUGAUCUGCCGCCUGAGGAGGCCGUUCGGUUCCGGAACCAGUGUAGUGGUGCUGGUCUCUCCUACGUCCCUCUGAUUGCUCCCUCAACUACCCCGGACCGCAUGAAGACGCUCUGCGGAAUCGCCGACUCCUUUAUCUAUCUUGUCUCCAGAAUGGGUGUCACUGGCGCUACGGGCUCUCUGAACAACGAUCUCCCCGCUCUGAUGAAGCGCGUGAAGGAUCUCUCCAGCGGAGUCCCCGUGGCCGUUGGCUUUGGGAUUAGCACGCGCGAGCAUUUCCUCAGCGUGACUGCCAUUGCGGACGGCGCUGUCAUCGGCAGUGAAAUCAUCACUCAGCUCGCAAAUGCCCCUGCUGGUCAGGGCGCGAGCGUCAUCCGCGAGUACUGCUCGAAAAUCACCGGGAGAACGGUUUCUCUCCAGCCUUUCACCUCCAACUCUGACACGACCACCGCCGCCUCCUCCAUUACCACUACCACCACCGCUACCACCGCCCCUGCUGAGCAGCAACAACAACAAACCCCCAAGCCCGGCCGCUUCGGCACCUUCGGCGGGCAAUACGUCCCCGAAGCCCUAACAACCUGCCUCAACGAACUCGACGCAGGCUUCCAAUCCGCGCUCAACGACCCAACCUUCUGGGCCGAAUACCGCUCCUACUACCCCUACAUGGGCCGACCCUCCUCCCUGCACCCCGCCCCACGACUCACCUCCCACGCCGGCGGCGCAACCAUCUGGCUGAAGCGCGAAGACCUGAACCACACGGGCUCGCACAAGAUCAACAACGCGCUGGGCCAGAUCCUCAUCGCGCGCCGACUGGGCAAAAAGGAGAUCAUCGCCGAAACCGGCGCGGGGCAACACGGCGUUGCGACCGCCACCGUCUGCGCGAAAUUCGGCAUGAAGUGCACCGUGUACAUGGGCGCGGAGGACGUGCGCCGCCAGGCGCUGAAUGUCUUCCGGAUGAGGCUUCUGGGCGCCACGGUUGUGCCGGUGGAAGCCGGUUCCCGGACGCUUCGCGAUGCUGUUAAUGAGGCGUUCCGCGCGUGGAUUGUAAGGCUGGAUACAACGCAUUAUAUUAUUGGCUCUGCGAUCGGGCCGCAUCCUUUCCCUACGAUCGUGCGGACCUUCCAGAGUGUUAUUGGGGAGGAGACUAAGGCUCAUUUCCAGCAGGAGAUGGGACAGCUUCCAGAUGCGGUUGUUGCGUGUGUUGGUGGCGGGUCUAAUGCCGUGGGCAUGUUCUAUCCCUUCGCUGCGGAUCAUCCCUCUGUGAAGCUGGUCGGCGUGGAGGCCGGCGGCGACGGCAAAGACAAGCACUCUGCGACUCUAUCUGGAGGAACAGUCGGCGUGCUACACGGCGUGCGGACGUAUGUGCUGCAGGAUCGUCACGGACAGAUCUCCGAUACGCAUUCCGUGUCUGCGGGGCUCGAUUACCCCGGGGUUGGGCCGGAACUAGCGAGCUGGAAGGAUUCGGGCCGGGCGUCGUUUAUUUCGGCGACCGACGAUAAUGCCAUGGAGGGCUUCCGGCUGUUGAGUCGGCUGGAGGGUAUCAUCCCCGCGCUGGAGUCUUCGCAUGCUGUUUGGGGCGUGGUGCAGGUGGCGAAGGAGUUGGGGCCGGGGAAGCAUGUCGUGAUGUGUUUGAGUGGCAGGGGCGAUAAGGAUGUGCAGACGGUGAUGGAGGAGAGGCCGGAGUUGGCGAUGUAAAAGUUGUGUGUCUGUUGUGUUCUUUUUGGAUGAAUGUCCUAUAGAUUAGGAAUACCGUGUACUAGUUAAUUUGCAUCAAUCAUGGCUGGGAUAUAUGCAUGCAGUAUAAACUGGAGUUCCAUCGGGGACAUGCUCUCUUUUUGGAUUGCAAAUUUGACUUUUCUUCAGUCGAUGUAAGCCCUCCUGUCCGAGUCAGGCCAUGUUGGAAGUCAGUCACUACUAUCUAUCUGAUAAUUUGGCAGUUAGUG